AUGCCCACUAACCACGUCAUCUCUCCAUCGGAACUAUUAGAAUCUCAACCGGCGAAGCAGGACCCCCCGGCGCAACCCUCCGCUGUCCAUGACUCGGCCAACUCGGACUCCAAGCCGGCCGCGGGGCAUCCGCACGCUGUCCGCUUUGCCUCGGUGAACGAGGAAAUCGACCCGGACCCGAGAAUGCAGUUGCAAUUCUCCCCAGAUUCAGGCCAGGAGGAAGAGGCCCGACCCAUUAGCAACGAUCUGGAACCAAGUGCAAAAGACGAGCUGCGGUCCCUGGCCGUCAGCCUGCAGAAGUCGCAGCUUCAGGAAUCGCGGCUACGUCAUUUUGCGUUUGAGCCCGUCUCUCUACCUCCCUCCAGGGUCACAUCCAAGGAGCCCAGUCCCAGCACUUCCCACGAGAACACUGUCUCUGGCAACACGUCGCCCCGCGUCUCUCCGCCAGUAUCCAUCAUGCAGUCACCCCCGCUUACCCCAGCUGCCACUCAUUCGCGUGACAGCAAGUCCACUGACAAUGCAUCCGUUCCGGCCCUUGUAUUUGAUAAAGCUCCAGCCGAUCAAGCCGUCAUGACCCCUCAAACCUCGGACCCAGCUUCAUCUUCUGGGAAACAACCUCCUCCACCUACUGCUCCGGCUCCCGCCCCCGAACCCAAUUCGUCUGAGUUAACUACGAAACGAAGCGGCCAGUCCGAAGGUUCAGCCCCUGCGCGAGAUCACGACAAGCAGAAAGCCCGAUUCUUUUUGGGUCCUUCGGCCGAUGGAAGCUCGCAGGAUGACAGUCCUCCACUAACGCCUAAACCCGAAGCCGGACCACCGCCUGCCGUCAUCCCGGGCGCAAUGACCCCCGUCGGCGAACCAAACGAUCCUUACGCUCGGAGUAAGCGGCCCCCUCCACCCAAAAAUCUGUCACAGUUGGAUCAGCGAUUUAUCUUCGGUGGGAUCGACUCGAAACGGCGAGGGCACCACUCGUCCACGUCGCUAUCUACGUCAGCGCCACGUUCGACUAGUGGGGAUUUGAAAUCACCCACCGACAAACGGUCUUCAUUCUUCGGCAGCAAGAAGGAUCACAAGGAUCACAAGGAUCACAAGGAUCGAAAUAAUCAUGACGGCGGUCUGGAGGGUAAGGCUCAUGGGUCGAUGGCGGAGCUCAAGCGAUUUUUCCGGAUGGGUCACCACAAGCACAAGCGGGGGGACUCUCCCUCGACUGCCUCCAAAAAAUCAAGCAAGUCAUCGGGCAAGACCCUUCCGUAUCAAAUGGCUCCAUCCAACGUUCCCUUUGCCGAUGAUCACGGUCUACAAUCCAAGUAUGGAAAGCUGGGAAAGGUUCUAGGAUCAGGUGCAGGCGGUUCGGUACGGUUGUUGAAACGCAGCAGUGACGGUGUCACUUUUGCUGUGAAACAAUUCCGCGAUCGUCAUUCAUGGGAAACAGAGAAGGAGUAUUCCAAAAAAGUGACAGCGGAGUUCUGUAUCGGUUCCACCUUGCAUCAUGGAAACAUCAUCGAGACCCUGGACAUCAUCCAAGAAGGUGGUCACUGGUACGAGGUCAUGGAAUACGCACCGUAUGACCUGUUUGCGAUCGUCAUGACGGGCAAGAUGACCAAGGAAGAAAUCGCGUGUGCCUUCAAGCAGAUUCUUAGCGGAGUCGCCUAUCUCCAUGGGAUGGGCUUAGCGCAUCGGGACCUGAAAUUGGACAAUGUUGUGGUCAACGAGCAUGGGAUCAUGAAGCUCAUUGAUUUCGGAAGCGCAGUGGUUUUCCGGUACCCUUUCGAGAACGAUAUUGUUUUGGCUUCCGGUAUCGUGGGUUCAGAUCCUUAUCUCGCUCCAGAGGUAUACGAUGAGAAGAAAUACGAUCCUCGUCCCACCGAUAUAUGGUCCCUGGCAAUCAUUUUCUGCUGCAUGACGCUCCGCCGCUUCCCCUGGAAGCAGCCCAGAAUAACGGACAAUUCCUAUAAGCUCUUUGUCUCCCCACCCACCCCAGGUACCCCUGUCCCCGACGCGGAGCCUAGACGUCGUACCGAUCAGCGACCCAAGUCUACUGCCGACCUCCAGUCCAUGGCGAAAGAGGCGAAGGCCGUUGCGGCUUCGGGCGACGCAGCCGAUAGUGCGGAGCAACAGAAAUCGCACCAUCAUCACCAUCACGACAGUCAGAGUAAUAGACUCCCUCGGUCAGAACCGGUGACAAGGGACGAGCCACCACCACACUCUCAACCCGAGCCCUCCCAACCUCAGCAAUCCAAACCUCAACAACCCCAACCCCAGCAACCGACGCAACCACCCCAGAAGUCUCCUUCUCGCCAGUCCAAACCGGAGACGACUAGUAAAGAAGCCCCCCCACUGCCACCGGGUUCUACAACGGGGCAGCGUCAAGAAGUUAUCAAAGGGCCCUGGCGAUUAUUACGCAUCUUACCGCGGGAAAGCCGAUAUAUCAUCGGCCGCAUGCUAAAAGUGAAUCCCAAGGAACGCGCGACUCUUGAGGAGAUCUUGUUGGAUGACUGGAUUCAAAGCAUCCAAGUGUGCCGACAGGAGGAGUCGGGCGCCAUCGUCAAGGCAACCAAUCAUACUCAUAUCCUCCGAGCCCCCUACUCCGAGCGUCCCAGUUCAAAGUAA